AUGCAGUUACACUGGCUGAUACUGAGUAUACUGAUGUCAGGACUGACUCAGGCUCGACAAUCUUCAUUCCAUAACCCGAUUCUUCCUGGCUUCCAUCCAGAUCCAUCAUGCAUAUUCGUACCCGAGUAUAACGAAACAUUCUUUUGCACAACAUCCACGUUCAACUGGUUUCCUGGAGUGCCGGUAUAUGCAAGUCGGGAUUUACUACACUGGAAGCAUGUGUCCAAUGCUUUGAAUCGGCCGGAGCAGCUACCAUACCUUGGCUAUGUUAAUCGUGGCCAGAGCGGAAUCUACGCCCCAACUAUUCGAUACAGAGAUGGGGUCUUCUCUAUCAUUACGACUCUUGUAAAUCAGGCCCUACCAAGGGAGAAUCUCACUCGAUGGGACAACAUCAUCUUCAACACGCGAGACCCAUACGGUGAUUGGGACGAUCUUAUCCACUACUAUGGUCCGGGUAUUGAUCCUACUCCUUUCUGGGACGAUGAUGAGAUUGCUUGGGUAACGAGCACAUUCAACUCUUCAGGCGUUGUCCACGCCCCAGUCAAUCUUACCACCGGAGAGAUCACUCUGCCAUAUAAAUGGCUCUGGAUGGGUUCCGGGGGAGCGUCACCAGAAGGGGCCCGUGUAUACAAGAAAGAUGGAUGGUACUACGUCCUACUGGCAGAGGGUGGAACUCGUGAAAAGCACAUGGUGACAAUGGCACGCUCUCGAAGCUUACACGGACCUUACGAAGGAGCUCCGAACAAUCCACUACUUACUGCAUACAAACACACUGAUUCUUAUUUCCAAGCUGUUGGCCACGCGGACCUUUUUCAGCACAGCAACGGCCAGUGGUGGGCAUCUGGGCUCAGUGUGCGCGCGGGCGGCAACUAUGCAGAUGACCCUUAUCAUGCCAAUUUCCCCAUGGGCCGAGAAACUAUUCUUGUGCCCGUUGACUGGCCGGAAGGAGAGUUUCCUAUAUUCCAGAAUGUUUCUGGAACUAUGACUGGAGACUUCACCCUUCCGCAACCAUCGGGCCCGGAAACCGUUCCUCGUGAAGGCAACGGACAACUUGUGGAUGCUAAUGAUGAAGUUGAUUUCGAGCCUGGCUGCCAAACACCACCCCAUUUUCUGCACUGGCGCAUACCUCAUCAAAAGAACUACAAGGUAUCACCGCAGGGUCACAACAACACAUUAGCUCUACGUUCUUCCAUGCUCAACUUGACCGGCUUUGAUGGUGAUUCUUCCCUCGGACGAGGCCAAACCUUCGUUUCUCGCCGCCAAUCGCAUACUCUCUUCAAGUUCAGUGUUGAGGUUGACUGGAAAGGCUACUUGACUCGAGACUCGGAAGAAGCCGGUAUUACCAUCUUUCAAGAUCAGUCACAGCAUUUUAACAUAGGAGUUGUGCUACUUAGCUCUACGGAGCCGAAGAACCAAACUUCAGGUACUAUCUAUCCAUUACCGGAGAAUGAAUUCGGUCCUAUCCCGGAGUUAACAAGGGCAAUACCUGAUGCAGAGCCAAAGCCGUAUAUUCGCUUUGGUGGAAUCAGCGAGAGCAGCUUCCGGCGGAAGAAUGCAACAAGAUGGGUUGAGGAGUUGACAGAACUUCCUGAAGAGUGGACGGACUCGAAGUUGAAGUUCCAAAUCGAAGCGAUAAAUACUACACAUUACAGCUUUUCUGCUGGUGCUGCCGGCUCGAGCGGUGUGGACUUGCGAGUCUUUGGCUACACAAGGGGCGAGUUGAUGGUUCCUGUAUACUCAGGCACUACAGUUGGUGCAUAUGCCACAAGUAACGGUCGAUACGGCGAGGGAGCAUUUGAAACUUACAUCUCCAAAUGGAGAUAUGCAGGUAUAAAACAAGUGAUUGAAGAGCCCUAA